UGUUCCACAGGGCAGUAGUGGGAGGAAAAUUCGGCCAGCAGAGGCGCUGCUGUGGGGCCACAGGAACCCGAAGGGCGAGGAAGCACACAGUUUCCCAAGAUGUGGAACCCGCUGCAGGACAGCGACUCUGUGGUGGAUCCGGGACGCCGCCAGCGCUGGCUCUGCGCCGGGACACUGGUGCUGGCUUUCUCCGGAACCUUCAUCAUUGGCUUUGUCUUUGGAUGGUUUUUAAAAGCUUCCAGUGAAUCUACUGAUAUUGUUCCCAAUCCUGGCAUGAAGAAGUUAUUUUUGCAUGAAUUGAAGGCUGAGAACAUCAAAAACUUUUUAUAUAAUUUCACACGCACACCACAUUUGGCUGGAACAGAACACAAUUUUGAGCUUGCAAAGCAAAUUUAUGCCCAGUGGAAAGAAUUUGGCCUGGAUUCGGUUGAGUUGUCCCAUUAUGAUGUGCUGCUGUCUUACCCAAAUGAGACUCAUCCUAACUACAUCUCAAUAAUUGAUGGAGACAGAAAUGAGAUUUUCAACACAUCGUUGUCUGAACAGUCACCUCCAGGGUAUGAGAACAUCUCAGAUGUUGUGCCUCCUUUCAGUGCCUUCUCUCCACAAGGGACACCAGAGGGGGAUCUAGUGUAUGUUAACUAUGCACGUACUGAAGACUUCUUUAAGCUAGAACGGGACAUGAAGAUUAAUUGUUCUGGAAAGAUUGUCAUCGCCAGAUAUGGGAAAGUGUUCAGAGGAAAUAAGGUUAAAAAUGCUCAGCUGGCAGGUGCGAAAGGAGUCAUUCUCUACUCAGACCCUGCUGACUAUGUUGUUCCUGGGGUGAAGUCCUAUCCAGAUGGCUGGAACCUCCCUGGAGGUGGUGUCCAGCGUGGGAAUGUCUUAAAUCUUAAUGGAGCAGGUGACCCCCUCACACCGGGUUACCCAGCCAAUGAAUAUGCUUAUAGGUAUGAUUUGACAGAGGCUGUUGGACUUCCAAGUAUUCCUGUCCAUCCUAUUGGAUACGAUGAUGCACAGAAACUCUUAGAACAUAUGGGUGGCCCAGCACCCCCUGAUAGCAGUUGGAAGGGAGGCCUCAAAGUGCCUUACAACGUGGGACCUGGUUUUGCUGGAAACUUUUCAACACAAAAAGUCAAGCUCCACAUACACUCCUACAGUAAAGUGACAAGGAUCUAUAAUGUCAUUGGCACCCUCAAAGGAGCUAUUGAACCAGACAGAUAUGUCAUUCUUGGAGGUCACCGAGAUGCCUGGGUCUUCGGUGGCAUUGACCCUCAGAGUGGAGCAGCUGUUGUUCAUGAAAUUGUGAGGAGCUUUGGAGCACUGAAGAAGGAAGGGUGGAGGCCUAGAAGAACGAUUCUGUUUGCAAGCUGGGAUGCGGAAGAAUUUGGCCUUCUUGGUUCUACCGAGUGGGCAGAGGAACAUUCCAGACUCCUCCAAGAACGUGGUGUGGCUUACAUAAAUGCCGAUUCUUCCAUAGAAGGAAACUACACCUUAAGAGUCGACUGCACACCGCUGCUGCAUAGCUUAGUGUACAACUUAACAAAAGAGCUCCAAAGCCCGGAUGCAGGCUUUGAAGGCAAAUCUCUUUACGACAGCUGGAGAGAAAAGAAUCCUUCACCAGAAUCCAAUGAAGUACCCAGGAUUAGCAAGCUGGGAUCUGGCAAUGAUUUUGAAGUGUUUUUCCAAAGACUUGGAAUUGCUUCAGGCAGAGCACGGUACACUAAAAAUUGGAAAACAAACAAAGUCAGAAGCUAUCCACUCUACCACAGUGUCUAUGAAACAUAUGAGUUAGUGGAAAAAUUUUAUGAUCCAACCUUUAAAUAUCACCUCACUGUGGCCCAGGUUCGAGGAGGGAUGGUGUUUGAACUGGCCAAUUCUCUAGUGCUUCCUUUUGACUGUCAAGAUUAUGCAGUUGCUCUGAAAAAAUAUACUGAAAAUAUCUACAACAUUUCAAUGAACCAUCCACAAGAGAUGAAGGAAUAUUCGGUAUCAUUUGAUUCACUGUUUUCUGCAGUAAAUAAUUUUACAGAGACUGCAUCUGAGUUCAACAAAAAACUUCAAGUAUUGGAUAAAAGCAACCCCAUGUCACUGAGAAUUAUAAAUGACCAGCUGAUGUAUCUGGAACGUGCAUUCAUUGAUCCUUUAGGGUUACCAGGCAGACCUUUCUAUAGGCAUAUCAUCUAUGCUCCAAGCAGCCACAACAAGUAUGCAGGAGAGUCAUUCCCAGGCAUUUAUGAUGCCCUUUUUGAUAUUGAGAGCAAAGUGGACCCUUCUAAGGCCUGGAGAGAAGUGAAGAGACAGAUUUCUAUCGCAGCCUUCACAGUGCAAGCUGCAGCAGAGACUUUGAGAGAAGUAGCCUAAGGAUACUUCAAAGAAUCCAUAUUUGGUCGGUAUGAUAUUAUUGGAAGAACCUAUAUAGAAAAAUAAAUAUAUGAGAUUUUA